ACCCGAUUUCGGACAAAUGUCACAAUACAGAUUUUCAUCUCUUGUUAAACAGUGCAAAAAUUGUAAUUCGCAAAAAUCACAUUCAACAUGCAAUUCGCCACCGUUGUCGCCCUUCUCUCCUGCGUCGCCGUCUCAUACGCCGGUGUCGUAACUGUUAACAGAUGCGAUGGUAUGGGAACGCCAAUUCAGACCAGAAUUUCCGACUGUGAAGGACGUUGUACAUUCCAGCCAGGCAAAAUCUACAAUGCAGAGCAAGAUUUUAUGCCAAGUGCCGCCACUCCAUCUCUCACCCUGAAGGUCGAGGUCUGCUUUAAUGGAGGAUUCUGCAUGCAAAUUUUGGAAGCUGAGCUGCCAAACUCUUCCGUCCAACCUGGAUUCGUCUACACUGCAAAAUACUCCGUUGUACCAAACGACAUCCUUUCGGGUCAGACCGUUGAGCUCCGCGCAUAUAUAUUACAUACCCCGACUGCCCGUGUCGACGUUUGCAUCUUCUGUGAUGUUGAUAUUUUGUAAAAAUAAAAUAUUUAAUCUAGUCUCAAAUUGUGUUUGGUUUUAGAGGAAAAAAGUGAUAUUAAAAACAAGACGAAAUAUUACGGAAAAA